CUAAAUGGAAGCGGAACAAAAUCCCAACACUACUACAGACCAAACUCAAACGCGGCCGCCGCCGCCGACGAUCACUCUCCGGCCAUUCAACUUCUCCGACUCCGACAUAGACGCUCUCAUAUCCCUUGCCGCUGAUGAUCGCAUCAACCGUUUCCUCCGCCGUGGACCCUUCUCCCAUCGCGAUGACGUCGUCCGAUUCCUCCACACUCACGUUCUUCCCCAUCCCUGGUACCGCGCCAUCUGCCUCUCCGGCGGCCGCCCCGUCGGCUCCAUCGCCCUCCGCCCAGAGGAUUCCGGCCAUGGCCGAACUCGGACUGUGUCGCUGGGUUACCGCGUGGCGGUCGAGUAUUGGGGCCGUGGGAUCGCGACGGAGGCAGUGCGGAUGGCGGCGGCGGCGGCGUUCGAGGAAUGGGUGGAUUUAGACCGGGUUGAGGCGAUAGCGGAUGUCGAGAAUCCAGCGUCGCAGCGGGUAUUGGAGAAGGCCGGGUUUGUGAGGGAGGCUGUGCUUAGGAGGUAUUUGGUGCUGAAGGGGGAGGUUAGGGAUAUGGUAAUGUAUAGUUUUGUGUCUUCAGAUCGCGUGGCUGGAUGAAGUGGUGGGUUCGUUCGUCCAAGAGUGCAUGCAAGCUGUUUGUGGUAUUGCUCAAGUUGUUUAGAUCGGAGAAAUCGGGCCAGCUGUGUGCAAAGUUAGUUUAUGAUCGAAAUUGAAUG